AUGACUUCCCCCACCACCAACCACCAAGGCCAACAAGAGCCGCCCAAGGAGAAGGCCAGCACGAAAGUCGGCACCACCUACGAGCUCCUAGAGCCAAUCCUCAUCCGCCUUCCAACCAACGACCUCUUCACCAUGCGCCGGGUCAACACCAUGUGGCGCGACCUCAUCAAGAGCUCCGACGACAUCAAGAAGGCCAACGGUGUCAAAGCCUCCCAGCCCGCCCUCGAUCCCGCACCCAUUCCCCAUGGAGGACCACCAAACAUCACGUACAGUACCCCAGGCCUCCAGCUCACACGGGCUCUGCAUGUCGAGCGCGCCGACAUCUUCAACCAAGGAAGAGCCAAGCCAGGACACGCCAUCUGUGCAUGGGUCAGCGGCUCUCAUGCCGCCAGCAGGAGCAUAUUCGACGAGGUCGAAUGGUCCAACUCUCACGUUGUCAUCGACGUCCGUCUCUACUUCUCUGCCGUCGACGAGCCAUACGCCUCGUGGCAAGAGGCGCUACUCACCGACCCACCCAUCAAGACCUUGACCAUCAAGACGAACGGCGUCCCGGGCAACUACAGGUUCUCACACGCCAAGACCAUCGACAGCGAUACUGGUCUGACCCUCGGCGAUGUCUAUCGAGCACACAAGGACUACAUCAAGGAGUGCUGGGAGAGAUUCAAUGUUCGCAUGACUUCGGACCGCGUCCACACCCACAUCCGGAUCAAGCAGGACAACGUGGAGCUGUGCGAGGGUGUUCAGCAGAAUGGGGGAGGCUCAUUGUGUAAGCAUGACUUGGGAUGCUAUCCGCCUACUCGUGCGUGCGAUGCCGUCUUCGAGACGGUUGUUGGUGGACCGUUGGCGUCGAGUGCUGGAGGUUGGUGA